ACGGGUAAAGUUUGUCCCGACUGAAAACACUCGCAGUCAAACUAGGACUUCAAUAGGCUACUUUAACAUUUGUGACAUUCAAAAGUAAUGCACAAUCUGUGACCACGGCAUUGAAUUAGCAUUGCUUCUGACGACGGAUUUUAGUUUAAUUGAUUUAAAGAUGAAUAGUGGUUCUAGUUCUAGUAUAGUUCUUUAAUAACUAAAGACAAUCCGAAUUUCCAAGGGCAAAUCAAAUGUAAAGCCGAAUCAACUCCUAAAAAGUCAAGAGAAAACACUAUUCACACAUCUGUUCUUUUUUAAAUUGUCAGUAUUUUUCAUAAUUUUCAUGAUUUUUAAAUAUAUGUAGACAGAGAAUCAUUAGGUUACUAGCCUAUAUGUGCUUUGGCUCAGUAAUUACAGUGCAUGAAAUGCCCUGUAUUGUUAUUCCACUUUGUCAUCUUAUCUAGAAUAAAAAGGGAGGUGGCCAGGACCACCAGUUUUACUUGUUUCGAAUGUCACCUGAGUGUUCGUCACCUCAACGGUAAGAGUCUGCUUUCAUACCUCUUUAGGUGCCUUUGACAUAGUUGACAUAUUUUGACAUUCCUGGUGAGAAAAGGAAAUGCCUUUUGCAGAGGUGUUCUUUUGCUAGAAAUCUCCACUUCUCUGUGAAAUUCCUGCUGUGAGUACCGACUGCAUUUUAUAAAAAAAGAAAGGGUGACACUCACACUAUCAUGAAAUGUUCCUGGAGGAUUGUUUUUCUGUUGGCUUUGGUGUCCGUUGUCAUCCAGUAUGCUGUGAUCAGAUCUUUUACAUCUCUGAAUAUCUGUUCAGUUCUACAUCCUCAAAAUCACUCCCAGCUGCUGCAAAUGGACACUGUCUGUCUGGCAGAGAGCUCUUUAAAAAACACGUCUUCUUCUAAAAGCCAUGUUCUCAUCUUGGCUGCCACCCGUUCUGGUUCCUCAUUUUUUGGGCAACUCUUCAACCAUCACCCCGAUGUCUUCUACCUGUAUGAACCUGUAAACCAUGUUCAGACUGCGCUGAAGUCAACACCUACCAACCGAAGGAUGAUACUCGGGGCCAGUAGGGACCUCCUUAGGGGCUUGUUCAACUGUGACCUGCACCUCUUGGAGGAUUACAUCACCCCACAGCCAGAAAAUCACAUCACAAACCAGCUCUGGCGCAGGGGGGCCAGCAAAGCCCUCUGCACUCCUCCAGUGUGUGACUCCUUCAGUCCCCAUAGGGUGAAUGUCACUGAGAGGGAGUGCAUCCAGACGUGUGGCUCCCUGAAUCUCACCCUGGCCUCACAGUCCUGUCAGCAGAGAGGGAAUGUGGUCAUCAAGACAGUGCGAGUGCCAGAGGUCAGUGAUGUCCGAGAUCUGCUGGAGGACCCUCGACUCAACCUGAAGGUCAUCCAGCUGGUCAGGGACCCACGUGGAGUAUUGGCCUCCAGAAUGAUGUCCUUCCCAGAGAACUACCUACUGAUGAGACUGUGGAAGAUGAAGCAUCAGAAGCCUGAGGGUCUAAAUCUUACACACGUGAGCGUGUGUGAGGACUUCCUCAGUUCUGUAAGCACAGCCUUGAGACAGCCUGACUGGCUGAGAGGAAGGUACAUGCUGGUGAGGUAUGAGGAUCUAGCAAAAGACCCACAUCAAAAGAUCCAGGAGAUUUUUAAGUUUCUAGGCAUGGAUUUAAAUAAGAGUGUGGUUGACUGGAUUGAAGAAAAUACACAAGGAAGAGGCAGCUGGUCCCCAAUGGAUGUCUUAAGCACAAAGCGGAACUCGGCCACCAAUUAUGAAAGCUGGAGGCUAAAGCUUUCUUUUGACAUGGUUCAAUAUUUGCAAACCUUAUGUCAAGUAACUUUGCAUGAACUGGGCUACAAAUGUGUUAAUUCUUCAGAGGAGCUGAAGAAUUUGUCUAUCCCUCUCUCUGAAACUAGGCCUUUUUACAUAUCUCAGUGAUAUAUCAACAAAAAUACUCGUAUUCUGUACAUAUUCAAUUGAAUUUGCUACAUACAUUAUGCCACAGUGUUUUUGUAAGAUAGCUUUAAAAGUGGUCUGUUACAUUAUAAAUGAAACACUCCAAGAUCUUGCUGAAUCCAGCUUCCACUGCUCAACUUUCAAUAUGAAGCAGAAAACAUAUCUCAGUAUAGCAAAUGCUUAGUCAGAGCAUUGCUGACUUUGGUAAGUGCACCAUUGCACCUUAGAAGAUAAUGUUGCUCUGAUUCUUGAUGUAACGAAUAUAAUAGUAACUUGCUGUGUUUACCUUCUAAGUAUAUUCUGUUUUUCUGUAUUACAGUUUCACUCAUAAAUUUCACCUGACAAAUCAUUAAAGGAGCAAGGCGCUCGCUACCU